GCUGGCAUACCGUUUGAAGGACAUGCUUUCGACGCCGAGGUCCUGGUCGUGUCUUCUUCCGCUAACGUUAGCAUUGGUGGUCUUUCCUCAUGUCCCAGUGGUUACUGGCACUGAACUCCCCACUCCACCGCUGCCGAGCUCGGAAUGCCGCGUCAUUGUCGAAGCAAGUUCUGCCGCCAUGCGAUUCUUCGUCAUGUCGCCGCACGCAGACGACAGCAACGACGUGGCGAUGUCCGACCCCUUGCCGCCUCUGACGCAAGCCUUGCACACCAUGGCCCCGGCGGUUGCAUAUGCUCUUAUGAAGGAUACCUUGCAUGAGCUUUCCCGGCAACACAUCAACGCAAAGGUUCGACCGGGGUGCCCUCUUCACAUCGUCGGCACGUCCGGCAUGCGAGAACUUCCCGAAGCGCGGCAAUCCGACAUCUACGACGCCAUCUACGCAUCGUACCAAGCCGACGAAUCCGUCGACAAACUCCCCCUAGAUCGAUACAACCUCCGCACCCUUCCAGAGGAUGAAGAAAGCUACCUGUUGACCGUGGCCGCCAACUUUUUGGACAAGCGUAUCGGGAAGGACAUGGAGCCGUCAGCCCUACAGCUCUACGGCAUCGUGGAUCUCGAUCCAUCCAGCGUCCGCUUGGUCAUGGACGUCGAGCAGCGGUGGCGCCACAACGUCCGCAAGAAGGCAUAUCGCCCAACCCCGUUGACACAGUCCGAGUUUCUCGUCCACACGUUUGCCAACACUGGCACAACAGCCAUUCGUCACCAAGUUGAUGAAACGUUAAGUGCCCUCAAUCGCACAGACAACCCGUGCAUGUUUGUCGACGGCUUCACAACUGCGGACGACAGCGCACCGAAGCCCGACGGCGGCGACGGACGUGAAUGCAUGGCCCUGAUUCAGUCCAUCGUGGACACCGCCAACUCAAAUUGCACCAAUAACAUGCAUUGCGUGUUGCUGUCUCAUGCGCAACCACGACCAUCGGGACCGUUUUAUGCACUGAACGAACUGUACCAAGCAGCGUCGUUUGCACACAGCACGUUGAGCUCGUCGUCUGUUCGAUUUGACUUUCCCACGCCAUCGCGUUACGAAAUGGAGCAGGCUGCAACCGCGCUGUGCGCCCUUCCGUAUAAAGUCGUGACCAAAUCGAACGAGAACUCUGCCCAACCACCAGCAACUGUCUCCGCCACGACUUCUCCUUCUGAACAACUACGUUGGAAAUGCUUGGAUCUGUGCUACAGCGCGGUCCUCCUCAAGCAAUUGGGCUUGACCGACGACGAGCGCCGGGUUCUCUUUGUCGAGUCCGUCCACGGUCGACCCGUGCAUUGGGUAUUGGGGGCUCAUCUAAAGAUGGAGGCGGAACGACGGGCAGUAUACGACGCAGCACUAGGCGAGUACUUGUCUAGCCAGGUCGAGCUGGGACUGCCCGUGGGGUACCACUUGGCUUUGCUGGUGCUGGCGUUUGCAGUGCUGGCGCUAUAUCAGAUGGUGCAUCGAGCUAGUGGUCGGGGCGGCACCCACGCCAUGGAGUUUGUGCACGACGCUACCCAGUGAAACAUUUCCUAUAAAUAAAGCAUACAAGGACAGAC